AUGGUCUCCCCCCAGAGUUCCCAAUCCCGUCCUCCCCGCGCCGAUCAUAUCAUCGACUCCAACUCAACCGCGACCUACUUCUUGGGUGGCGCAAGGAAGGACUGGAUGUCCUCGCAUCCCCCACCGCAAACUCUCCCCACGAGCUCGAUCGCGACCACUGUUCCUGGUUCCGACCAACCCGACGUCGCGCCCGCCUCGCCCGUCACCCCGGGCCAGAAUGUACAACAUCUUGAUGCUCCCGUGGACCCAACGCCUCUGCCUCUGCCUCUGCCUCCCAAACCAAAUUCGCUGGCGAUCGCCCCUCCCUCGCCUAACAGCCCCGAGUCAUAUUCAAGUCCACCAGUCGCCCAGGCCCCAAGUAACCACCCGACAGAGGCGACAGUCUCCACGACUCCUCUACGCGCCCUAAGUACUGAAUGCUCAGCGCCAGCCGACACAACUGAGGCCCUGGCCAUAAAUGCUAGUGGCGCAACUGUUGCAAACGAUCCAGCCAGCACCUUCGCCGACAGCGCAGCAAACCCAUCAGCCAACGGCACCAUUGGAACCAGAAUCAACACCGAGCACAGCUGUCCUUCUCCUGCAAAAACAGGCCGGAAUGUGCCCAAACAACAGAGUGGCCCCCACGAUGCUACUCUUGUCUCAGUUUCAAAUGGACGAACCGAAGAGAUACCUCAACCAUCGCAAGUCCCUGCAGAUGGCAUGAAUCCGCAUUCCCAUACACCAGAGUUAACUGACAUUGGUACCUCUGCACGAGGAGCUAUUCCUCCAGAGGGCCAGAUUAAUUGGAAGCAAUGGAAACAGAAGUGCAAUCGUCUGGAUCAACAGACUCAGGAUGAUACGUUGCGCGUGAACUCGUUCUUGGUAACUCCGCGAAUCACCCUCCUGCGUGACGCUAUCAGUUUCAAUGAUAGCUUCUACCUGGUAUUGCACCAGUUGUACUGCCUGAGAUCUCAUGAUGAAUCCUUUUUCCUAGAACGAUUUCCCAUGUUCCGAACUGAGGAAUAUCGCCGGGGCAUGGACCGGAUGCAAGAUCUGUUGGCGCCUAACCAAAAGCUCCCUCCUGCUAUUUUGCUCCAAUUUGUAAAAUUCCCAGACACGCUGGAUAUCAUGAUGUCACAACCUUGGUAUAAUUACCAAGUGCAAGAAGUAGGCAAGUUUCUCUCGCGCCUUGAUCAGAUUGCCCCCAAUUUCCGGACACACUUUUAUGAGUUUGUCUCCGACCGCGGUUACCCCCCUUUGAUGAGCGAGAUGGCGCUGCUGUUCAAGGUGACACCCUUGGUCAUCCUGAGUGUGAUAUACCUUUCCACCUUUCGACAGCUCUACGCCGAUCGCUACCUGCCUGAGUUGAGUCGAUUACUUCGUCACGAGAUGACUGUAAGCCAACUACAAAGCUCGACCGAACGAAGCAAGAAGAUCCUCAUGAUAAUCGACGCUUACAAAAAAAUUCCCAUCGAAAGGCAACUGCAGGAACAUCCAAUUGCCUCGCCUCCUUCGAUUGCUCUACCUGCUUUCGAUGGAUCUGGACCUGUACAACAGCUCAAGGAGCCCAAGGGGCCGAAUCCCACUACCCCCUCUGAUCAAGCACCUCCAAAUUACCACGGCCCAUUUCAAAAUCAUGGUCCAGGGCAGAUUCAGGCAACGACUCCUAAUUUACAACGAGUAUCUCAGGAGAAUGGGAGAAACCAGCGUGUCGUUCCAUCUCAGUAUGUCUACCCGUCCGAAGCACUUGGUCCAGCUCCACCGCAGGCACCGAUUGCAGGCCGGGGGCUACCUCAAAUGCCGCCAGUCCAGCCCUUGCCGUUCCGACGUCCAUUUCUUCCACCGGAGGCUCAUCGUGCUCCUCAGACUUUUAAUGGGGAUCCAAUGCGCAUUGGGCUGCAUCAGGCUCAUCUACGAGACCCAGUCAAAAAGCUGGGGCAGUUUGGGGUUUCUGGAGCUUGGACCGAGCUAGCAUUGUAUCAGUACUUUGACGGAUUUAAGGUGUCGCCGAAGAUUUUGGAUCCCGAGAAACUUCAGCAUAGUUGGAAAUUUACAAUCAGGAACGAUGAUUUGUUGCGAUUCCCACGCAAGGAGGCAUUGGGUUAUGGUCAACCACCAGUGUUUACUUAUCAAGCAGGCUGCCAUACUUUGCGACUCCGCUCCAUCAGCUUGCCCCUAUCGCAGGAGGAGGAGGAACUCGCUCAGAGCUGGCCUAAUAGAAACACCGCCUGGCCAAGUGUGCUCUAUAUUCUUCUCAAUGGUCACGAGAUUACGGCCCGACGCAAACUUUACAACGGAAAAGACCUACCCCUAGACCUAUCCACUUAUGUCAAACAAGGCGAGAAUGACUUAGUUAUCAAGCUCCUUCUCGACAAGAACGAAUGCCAAAACAUGCGCUACGCUUUCGCGGUCGAAAUCAUGAAAAUCGAACAAUUUGAGAAGAUCCGGAGCAUGGUGCAAACUAUCACCGCCGAUGAAGUACGCUAUAAGAUUCAACAACGUCUCAACCCAAGCACCGAUGACGAUGACCUAGCUGUUGUCACAGAUAGCCUGACUAUAGGCCUUAUCGACCCUUUCACCGCUCAAGUCUUCAAAGACCCUGCUCGGUCUAUCAACUGCAACCAUCUCGAGUGUUUUGACCUUGACACCUACAUCAAAACCCGAAAAUCCGAGUCUGGCCCAGGUCCGAUGAUGGACAACUGGCGUUGCCCGAUCUGUAGUUCAGAUGCACGGCCUCAUCAACUGGUUCUCGAUGCAUUCCUGGCUGCGAUCCGGGAAGAACUUCGCCGUAACAACCAGCUGGAAACAGCCCAAGCGAUCCAGUACAGCCUGGAUGGCACGUGGACCGUAAAGACUCCCAGUGAAGAGCCAUCUUCCGGGAAAGGAUCCCAGCCGCUGAAAAGAAAAAUAUCUCAAAUUACAGGCUCCCCUACAGCUUCGCCAAACUCUCGCGUCAGAACAGACAAGUCGCCUGCUGCAUCCUCCGAGAUUGAGGUGAUUGAACUGGACUAG